UAAGUGAUGGUGUAAUUAGUCUUUUAAGGUCACAAAAAAUGAGGUAUUGUUCUUUUUGUUCAUGGUAGAAAUAGACAAAGUCAAGUACAAAAUUCUAUAUUUGGAUGUUCAUGUUAUAAACAGUUAUCGAACGAAGAUGAAGGAGAAAUUAUGGUGGAAAAGGGAUCAGAAAUUUGAAACCAGAAGAAAGCUUUACCUAUUUCAGGCAUUUGCUGGAUUGAGCUCCAAUGGCGGUUGAUGCCUUCUUUAUAGACCCUCCUCCUCCAUCAAUUACCUUCAACAACACUCCAUCCAUUUCCCUUCCCUUUCACCCUGUUAUUAUCUUAUUGUUCUCUGGAGGAAGAGAACAACAAGAACAAAAGAUGGAGAUCAUCAAUGGCCUCAAUGUCUUCCUCCUCCUCGCCCUCUCUUCUCUUUUUUUCCCUGCCAAUACCGUUUGCGUCCCUCGCAACUCCGCUCCGUUUGGUUCCCCUGUUGAUUCACUUAUUGCACCGCAAGCAUCGCCGUCUAUAUCUUCAUCACCACAACCAUCGGUAUCAACAUCGUCAUCACCACCGGCUCAGUCGCCAACCGACUCCGAAGACUCGGCACUAAAUUCUCAAGAAUCGUACUCCGAUGCGGUGUCUCCCUCCGACAUGGAAUUCCCUUUCGAUUCAUAUUCUUCAUCGGAAAAAUCGGAAGCAUCGGAAGCAUCGUCGCCUCAAUCUCCAUCAUCAACACCACCGACUUCGGCGUCCUCCUCCGACGAUUCGACCGUCCCAACCGAUCUCGAAGAGAUCUGCGAUGUAACGAGCGAUCCACAGUUGUGUACAAAAUCGAUUUCAUCUCACAUAGAUGAAUCAGAGGUGAAUCCUACCUCUGCACUGAAAACGGAAAUUGAGGAAUCGAUUAAAGAGGUGAGGAAAGCAGUAACAAAAUUGAAGUCACUCCGUAAAAGUGCAUCGAAAGUCGAAAUCUCGUGCUACGAUACUUGCUUGGAGACUUUCGAUAUGGCAAUUUAUGACCUACAAUCUGGAUUGGAAUCAAUCGACACUAAAGAUACUGGUACAAUGGAGAGCGUCCUCGCCGCCGUAAUGUCUGAUCUGACGACUUGCGAUGAUACUUUUAUUGAGAUGGGAGUGGAUUCGCCAUUGGACUAUCUUAGCUCGAAGAUGAGCAAAUACGCCAGUAACUGCUUGGCGAUUUCGAAAUUGCUUCUGUGAGCGAAGACAGACUUGUUGUUCAUCUUCUUCUUCUUCUUCUUCUUCUUCAACUGGACGUGUUCAUUUGGAGAAGAUCGAUCAAGCAUAAUGAUGAUAUCAGAUUCUCCUCUGUGCAUUUCCUGAUGAAUUGAUUCUGCGAAUCUUCUUGUUGUAAUGAAUGGAUGGAAGAACUUUUCUGAACGGACUCAUUGGUCUGAACGGACUCAAUUGGCAAUGGCAAAAUAUUAUAUGUUCAAUGUA